AUGGCCUCUCCGUUCCUCGCCAUGAGACUCAACCGGUCGAGAUCUAAUGUUCCCAAGGCUAUCCCCGCUACCGCCAACUGGCGAGUCCCUUCUUCGCCCUCCGCCACCGGAGCCGAGAUGACCGGCACCGAAUCUUCGGCUGAUGAGACACCACGAUUGACCUCAGAGUCGCGUGCCCUUCGUCGGCGUUCUCUACCAGCUUGA